GUUCUUGAUAAUGACUGGAGAAAAUUAAACAGUUUGGACUCCAGUUGGUACUUCAGUUUCGACUUCAGUUAUUUUGAUGACACUCUUGUUGAAUGGAGUGGCUGGUAUCGUCUGUAUCUUCAGGGAAAAAGUGCUCAGAUUCCUGAAUAUGAUUGGUGUUGGAGUUCUAUGUCCUGUGGUGGUUACACUGCACUUUUCCUUGGUGGAUCUCAUCCUCGACUACAGGACGACAUCAUCACCCGAGACAUUUAUGGAUACCAUCACUCUGUGGAAGAUCUCAGUCAAUGUAAUUCCUACAAAUCAAACCCAAUCCAGGUCAAAGCCUGUCCAGGAGAUUACUACGUCUACAGACUCGUCAAGCCAGCUGUAUCAAUUCCAGUGCCCACAUACUGUGCAGCUGUGUCAGACACUCCCAGUUAUGAUCCCUGCAUUAACUACACAUCUCUGGAUGACCCCUGGAGAGGCAUUCAUGAGAUUGGAGGGGACAACUCUGAUAGAUUCUCAAACUGGAAUGGCUGGUAUCGUCUGCUGUAUAAUGGGAUGAGUGUCCGUAUGCCAGAGAGCUGUGUUAAUGAAUCCAGAUGUGGUACUGAUGUCGCUCUGUGGCUGAAUGGAUCUCACCCUCAGAUAAAGGAUGGAAUAGUCACCCGCCUGGUCUGUGGAAGUGAUGGAAGUGACUGCUGUUACUACAGAUCCACCCCAAUUAAAGUCAAAGCAUGUCCAGGAAACUACUACGUCUAUGAGUUUGUCAAGCCAUCCUUCUACUACGCAGGUUACUGUGCAGAUCAGAAUUUCACUUUGUCUGAUGAAUGCAAGGAAAAUUUCACACAAAAUUGUGCAGACACUCUAUUUGACCAAAUCAAGAAUAGCAUUAAUCUAGUGCUUCCACAAAACAUUGUAGAGUUGGCACUUAACCAGGCUAUGAACAAUCAAACAAUAAAUUCAGAUCAGCAUGUAGCCUUUGGGAAUGAAGUUAUAAACAGGACUGAGACAUGGGUGUCUACACUAGUGAACCCUGGAAUAGACAACUACUCAGCUUUCAGCAUCUCUGUCAUUGGCUUAGAUGUUCAAGUCUUUGCAGUUGGUCAAACACUCCCCAUGAAAGACAUUCCUCAGUCCAAAAUAAGCACUACUCAGAAGGAUGUCAACAAUUUUCAGAAUUCAAAGAAUAAAAAUGACGUUGCAGCUGCAAAAGCCUUCUUGACAAAAACCAUUCAGCUCAGCGUAAAUAAUGCUCAGAUGGAUAUCGACUUUAUCCAGAUUUCAAACAAUAACAAUGGAUCAGCAGCUGUGGCCUUCAUGAGCUACACUAACUUGUCAAGUGUGCUAAAACCCAACCUGUUCAACCCAACCAACAACACAAUGAAAACCAUGAUGUCCACUGUGAUAUCAGCCACGCUGCCCAGAACUACAAACAAAACGCUCACCACACCAGUCAACUUUACCAUGAAACACAUUGAAGGAAUUGAUCCUAAUGGUGUGCUCUCUUGUGUGUACUGGGAAGAUACUCAGUGGGAUGUAGAUGGAUGUGUCCUUCUCCAGACAAACAGCAGCCACACUGUUUGCUCCUGUGUUCACCUGUCAACAUUUGCCCUCAUCAUGCAGACAAAGCUUGCAGAUAAUAGUGAUCCUGUGAUAGAUCUCAUUGGCACCAUAGCUGUGUCUAUAGGGCUGGUGUUCCUGAGCUUGGCCCUUUUGACCUUUUUCCUUUGUCGUCGAAACCCAAGAGUGACCAACACAGCUCAGAUCAACCUCUGUAUAAGCCUGCUGCUGGCCCACCUUCUCUUUCUGCUCACACAGAAGUUCCUGAGUAACAGACCCACUAAGCAGCUGGUGUGUGCAGUGAUGGCAGGCAUUCUGCACUACUUCUUUCUCUCUGCUUUUGUGUGGAUGUUCAUUGAAGCUGCUCUACUCUUCAUGUUGAUGAAAAACCUAACGAAGAUCCAAUCAAAUGAAAAAGCUGGCCUGUGGAAAUGGCUGGUUGUGAUUGGAUAUGCCAUACCUCUGCUUGUGGUGGGUAUAUCUGCUGGAGUGGUUCCUAGUGGAUAUGAUGGGAAAAGGUGCUGGCUUAAUUCAGACUUUUUGUGGGGUUUUCUGGGGCCUGUUUCUUUUAUUCUUGCAGCAAACACAGUUCUCUUCAUCUGCAUCUUCAUCAUCAUAAUCUCAACUCUUACAAACAUGAAAAGUAAAUCCCUGAAAAUAAAACGACCUGAAAGUGAACAUCGUUUCAUUAUAAGUGUGGCUCUGAAAACCUUGAUCCAGUUCAUCAUCCUUGGCUGCUCCUGGAUUCUGGGAUUCUUCACACAGGACAGUAAGGCAUUGGAGAUUAUCUUCCUGUUACUCAACUCCCAGCAGGGCACCUUCAUCUUCCUGGUCUACUGUGUCCUCAACCAAGAGAUAAGGCAGGUGUAUAUGAAGUGGUGGCGAGCUCUCCAUCCUGGCCGUAUUCCACAUACUAAUGAAUAUCUGCAUAGCACAUCAUCGAGGUUCUAGAUUUUUGCUUUUAUUGAGCAUCAUAUGGUGUUCAUUCAGGGUUAUGGUUUGAUAUUUUUGUAAGGGUGUCAUUAAUUAAUCAUUUAUAAAGUUGUUAACAUUAUAGCUUCAACUAUUUAUUCUGAGAAUAGACACAUGACUGUCGCCUCUUCUUUGUCAUUCUUUACUUUUUGUAGGAUAGGUUUGUGUUUCGUUGAGAAUACUUUUCUUCCUGUGUUUGAAAACAAAUCUGUCUUUGAAAAAAAACACUGUCCGCUGUUGUGUUUUCACAAGUUUCUUCACAAAUACUGAUGAAGUGUAAUUACACACACACACACACACACACACACACACACAAAAAAAUAUAUAUAUAUAUAGAAUAUAAAGAAUUUCACUCCUUUAUUACCUUUGAAAACGGAGCUUUCAAUUUUUUUUAUUGGAUUAUUUUCUAUAUAUUUAGUCCCAUUUUGUGUUUGUUUUAGUUCAGAUUCCCUUUUGUAGGUGUAACUCUGGUACUCGGUUAUUCCACUUGUCUUUUA